CUUUUUGCUGGGCCCGGCAUGAGGGAUGAUAAAUGGCAGGGCAAAACCCACCACGAGUUCUCCCCUGUUUGUCGACGGCCUCGACCUCUUCAGCGGCUGAAACAAUUCCUGGUGUAGAGGUUAGCGGAGACAAACAAGAAUCCAGCCACCAUUGGGAUAAUAUUAAGAAGAUACCAAUUCCAGCCAUAGUCAAGACUUAUUUCUUGAAAGAUAUACAUACAAGGCAGUCAGUUUGUCUUGAGUGGCCCGAGGAUUAAAGGGCGGGUUUCCAAGCGGGUUGGUCAAUAGUUACUGAAUUCUCCUACGCCAUCCCUACCGUACCCUGACGGACGUCUUGAUUACCAAAAAGGUACGUAAACUGACAACAGGAACUCGGCGGCUGUGUUGACAUCAUACAUUGCUCAUCACUGUUCCCCAUCUCAAACUUUGCCAGGAAAACAUGUGCUGUCUCAAUGGCAACGGUGCCGGCUGUAAGGACCUAGAGCGUAGAAAUAGCGAGACUCUGCCAACUACUUAAAGCUGGUUCUGGCUUCCAGCCAGCACAUAUCAUUUUAACCUCGUUAUAUAUCUCCUCUCUCUUAUCAUUUUCCGUGUAAUUGGUCUAGCUUCCCAUCAACAAGUCCAUUCCAUUUUUGAAUACCAAUCACAGCUAUAAUGGCAGCCGAUAUUCCGAGAAACGAGCUUAAAUCUCCCGUUGACGUUGCCCAGUAUCUGUUUACGCGGCUCCGUCAGGUCGGAAUUCGAUCUGUCCAUGGCCUUCCAGGUGACUACAACCUAGUGGCAUUGGAUUAUUUGCCCAAUUGUGGCCUCGAAUGGGUUGGCAAUUGCAAUGAACUAAACGCUGGAUAUGCUGCGGAUGGAUACGCACGCGUGAAUGGAAUGGGAGCACUCGUCACAACCUUCGGCGUCGGAGAGCUCUCCGCCCUAAAUGCCAUCGCCGGGUCUUUUUCCGAGUACGUCCCCGUCGUGCAUAUCGUCGGCCAACCCAGUACAGCUUCCCAGCGCGAUGGCAUGCUGCUCCAUCAUACCUUGGGCAACGGAGACUUCAAUGUCUUUGUUAACAUGAGUGCCAACAUUUCAUGCUACGUUGCCAAGUUGAACGACCCACAUGAAGCUGCGGCUCUUAUUGACAGCGCCAUACGGGAAUGUUGGAUCCGGAGUCGACCAGUAUACAUCACUUUGCCUACUGAUAUGGUGAAGAAGAAGGUGGAAGGGGAACGACUGAAAGUCCCGAUUGACCUCAAGCGCCCAGACAACGAAGAGGAAAAGGAGGAAUACGUCGUGGACGUCGUUUUGAAGUAUCUCCAUGCUGCAAAAUCUCCGGUCAUCCUGAUAGACGCUUGUGCUAUCCGGCACCGUGUCCUCAACGAGGUGCAUGACCUCGUCACAAGAUCUGGUUUGCCGACUUUCGUCACCCCAAUGGGAAAGAGUGCUAUUGACGAAACGCUUCCGAACUACGGCGGUGUCUAUGCCGGUGAUGGCUCAAGUGCAGGGGUCAAAGAACUUGUCGAGUCGUCCGAUCUGAUCCUUAACAUUGGCGCCAUUAAGUCAGACUUCAACACGACUGGAUUUACUUACCGUAUCGGUCGUAUGAAUUCAAUUGACUUUCAUAGCACCUACGUUGCCGUUCGCUACUCUGAAUAUCCAAACAUCCACAUGAAGGGUGUUCUUCGCAAAGUGGCCGACCGCAUGGGGGAGCUAAACACAACCCCGGGCCGCAUAAUCACGAACCAGCCACCGAAACACGAACUUCGUGAAACCUCAUCUGCUAUAACCCAUGCAUGGUUCUGGCCUACGGUUGGCCGAUGGCUUAGGGAGAAGGACGUUAUCAUAACCGAAACAGGUACAGCCAACUUUGGCAUAUGGGAAACAAGGUUUCCCAAGGGUGUGAUUGCCCUAAGCCAGGUUCUGUGGGGCAGUAUUGGCUAUGCACUUGGUGCCUGUCAAGGCGCUGCUCUUGCAACGAAAGAGAAGAACCAAGGCCAACGAACGAUUCUGUUUAUCGGGGAUGGAAGCUUCCAGCUAACAGCGCAAGAAUUGAGCACCAUUAUCCGACAUAACCUAACCCCUAUCAUCUUCGUAAUUUGUAACGACGGCUACACUAUCGAACGAUGCAUUCACGGCUGGGAUGCGGUAUACAACGACAUCCAGCCCUGGAAAUUCAGCGAUCUCGUCCCAGCAUUCGGAGCCAAGCCGAAUACAUUCAAAACACACUCUAUCAAGACGGAGAAGGAAUUGACCGCCUUGUUUGCGGACGAGAGUUUUUCUUCUUCUAAGGUUUUGCAGCUUGUCGAGCUACAUAUCCCCAAAGAGGACGCACCGGCAGCGCUGAGAUUGACCGCUGAAGCAGCGGCAAACGCCAGCACCAGACACAAGUAAGAAAGGAGAGGUUGCAGGUAUUAACUAAUUUGCUGCUGUCACCGAUCUUCUUCUUCCUGGAAAUACGGAGAAUUCGCAUCUUAUUAUUUAAAAGUUUUUCAAAAUUUCCUUGCGUCUAGGAGUAAUAAUAAUUCAAAACACAAAUUGUCAAAACAAUCAUCAUCCAUUUUACAGCUGCCAACCAAUUCAUUCUCACAGGAAGGUCAUUACUUGUAAAUAAGUAGUAACUUGUACGGAGUAACCUGGACAGAAACCAUCCGACCACGUUGGCCCAGACGGGCCUUUUUGGAGUAUGUACAUGUACAUGUACAUGUACAUGUAUGUGUGUACUGGAGAAGAGAGCUGCAGGACAAGCCUCUGUUGCUCUGAAAUAGUGCUUGGCAGAAAUGCGGAUUUGCUGGCGUUUAUUGUUGGUUGUAAUAAUCGCGCGGUCUACACAGUGUGCAACCCCUCACGAGGUGCGGAGGUUGAGUUUGGUGCGGAGGUUGAGUGAAUUGGGGUAAUUGGAGAUAGCGGAAGAUUAUUUAUUAGUUUAUCGUCAGGUUCAAUAAUUGAUGGAGGGGGGUUGGGUUUGGAUUUAAAAAAAUAAUAGAAUAUACUAUAUUCAGUUUAAUUAAUAUUAUACGGCUUGGUAUGUUAACUAUGCUAUGUGUACAGAACUCUUCUUCUAGAUUAUUCUAGCAAAGCAGAGAGAAGAAAAAGGAGAAAAUACGGACGAAGAUGAAGUAAUAUGAAACAAAUCGAACUCGAAAUCAAGAAACAUAUAUUCUAUCAAUGAAGAGCGCAAAAAUAGAAGGUGGAAAAAAAAAAGAAAAAAAAGAACGGAGUGGAGAAAUCUCGGAGAAUUUCCUUGGAGGAAUUUGCUCCCACAAUUGUCAUGACAUCAUUCAUUAUAUCAUGAUAAUGAAAUUGGAAUUAGUAGAAGUCAUCAUAAAUGCAAAUGAUGUAUAAGAGGGAGAAAGAAAUGGCAAUAAUAAUAGAAUAGAAUAGAAUAAUAAACUGUAAAUAACACAAUGCUAAAAACUUUCAGGAAUCAAUUCUUUCUGAAAAAUCAGCUUCGUUGGGAACAAUGAACAACAAACAAAGACCAAAGGUACAAACCUGUAGGAAGUGAUUAUUUUGAGGGUGUUUGUUUUUCUUAAGAAAUCCCAUGUCCUAGUUGAUAUUACCGCCAAUCCUGAAAUUGAAGUAGGUUUUUCACCUUGAGAAUCUGGGGGGUGGAUGAAUUAACUUCUGCACCAAGUUCAUGCACAGUGGUUAGUUUUGUCCAAUCAGUUGCCACAAAAAAUAAUUAACCAUGUGACUCCCAAGAUUGGUAUGUUGUUUUGCCUUUCUCUUUCCAAUUCAUUUUCAUUUUCAUUCUUUUAUUAAUAUUUUCAUAACCCGGUGUCCGUCCACUGACUCCACUCAAUAUUUCCAUCUGACCCGGCGGCACCCACGCCGCCAUCAGCAUCAUUCCCGGCGCCCGCAGAUAGAUUUCCGAGCAGAUCGUCCAAGUUAACACCCAUAUUCAUUCCCAUGCCCAUUCCGAGGCCGCCAAAGCCAGUAACGCCCAUCCCCAUGCCAAAUCCGGGGGUCCCUGACAUGGAGUGGUCGCGGACAGAUUGGUUAUCAGGCUGAUGCUGCUGGGAUAAUUGGUGUUGCUGUUGAUGCUGCUGUUGAGAUAGAUGCUGCGAUUCCAGGUCCUGCCAGAGGAAGGACUCAUCGGACAUUGAGAUGAGGUCCGGACUUUGCAAGAGUCCCCCUGGAGACGUAGAGCCCGAUGCGGACGUCAUUUGGUUCCCGAGGGUGGAAAGUUGUGGAAAUUGUUUUAAAUGGCGUGGUAAUGAGGAGGCUGUGCCACCGGAAGUAUCCUGAGUGUUAUUGGUGUUGGUAAACGACUGGAACGAGUGGAACGGGUCGAGCCUCGGAGUAGAGGCAGAUGUUGGAUCUGUAGAAGAAUUUGUCAAAGAUGAAGACGACCUUAAUCCAUACUGUGCGCCUGGGAUGUUGGACUCCUUUUUGAAAUGGUCGUUUUCAAGCGUCGACAUGGGCUGAGUUGGAUAGGCGAAGGGGUCGUCGGAUGGGAACAUCAUUGGCAUUAGAUCUGGUAUAUAGGCCAUGCUAUCCAAGGGAGGUGAAAAUGAGGUGUCCUGUUUCAAAGAUGAUGAUGACAGCGAAUGUGCCUGCUGCUGCUGCUGCUGCUGUUGCUGAUGGCUCGGUAGUUGGUGAAAGGACAAAAAUGUCUGCUGCGAGGAAGAGAUGGGCGACGGUGAUGGUGUCAAAGAACUUCGCAUCAUAUCUUCGUCAUUGGCAGACGAUGACUUCGGAGUAGACUCAGGCAGACCAAACGGCGACUGCUCAUUCGCUCUCCAUGAGCGCAGGGGCUGAAUAUGGUGGCUAUCGUCAACACUUGUACCUAGUGUCUGAUUCCUUGCUGGUCCCAGUUGUUUCGAAGCUUGCAGAUGAACAGGGAACGUUUUUGCUCUUUGGGGAGGUUGCACGAUCAGAGUAUCAGGGGUAGCCGUAGUAACGUUGGGUGGUGUCAUUGUGCCCCUGGGUUUCGAUGCCGGUGGUGGAGUAGGUUGAGCACGUUUCCUAUUCAAGGGCACUGGAGUAUUCCGUCGAUUUUGCAAUUUUUCGGGCAGGUGUUUGAAAAUAGACUGAGAGAAGCUGAUAUCAGUAAAGGCAGUCCACGAAAGGAAUCGGACUUUAGCCGAAACGGGGGCAAGGGGGAACAAACAUUUAAGCUUUGAGCACACCGAUCCGCAGCCAUACUAUUCUUAGCCAGCCCUGCAAGUGCAUUCUUGCCUUCGAGAGCAUCUUUUAAGAUGCCGUCUUUGACAGUAGCCGACUCAGGAUUUUCAAGGAUGAAGAAGAGCAGUGACAACACGGCAAAAUACGUAGUAUACAUCGUAAACCAGUAAGAGCCAUUGAGGAGCUUCUUCUCUUUCAUUCCAGCGGUAAUGUGGACGACAUUACGCGCCACACUCACACAUGCAGCAGCACAUGCAAAAGAUCGUUUGUCAAUUUUCCGGUCCUGCGCGUUGCCAGUAACAUAAUGAAGGAACGGGCGAUACAUAACCAUCUGCACGUGAGCGUAGCCAAUCCGAAGUAAUUGCCUCAUUCUUUUUGGCCAAGCUGUCAGUGUGAGAACACAUUUUAG